GCUUUAGGCUACCCAUGUGAUUUCUCAGAAGGAAACAAACUUAUGUAGAAGGACUUGUUUUGCAGAGGCAACACGGAAAAGCAUAAAACAGUUCUAGCGUAAUGUCUGCGAGUCAGGACGACACGGCCAUGAACGCACAGCAGCUCCUCAGCGAGGAUGAACAGAUCCUCAAGCGAGCACAAGCAGACUUGGAGCAAUGGAAGAUGAAAGUUGAGAAAGCAGAUCAAGAAAAAUCAAGACUAACGUUGGAAAAACUGGAUACAGAUGAGACUAAGAAAAAAGCCCAGAACUCUACAUCUGUGAUCAUGCAAGCCCAAGCACAGCUGGCUAUGGAUUCUGAUAACAAAAUAAAGGAGAUUGAGGUGCACCUGAAUGUCUCGAAGAAGACUGUGCAGGUAUCUCAGGCUCCCCCUUUCCUACCCGAGGAGCGCAUGAGGGACAGACUGGAGAUCAGUUUCUCCCGGCCAAGUCGCGGAGGGGGCGAAGUGGAGAGGGUCUCGUACGACAAGAGAUCUGGGACUGCUGAGAUCACCUUCCUCAACACUGGAGUUGCUGAGAGGCUGGCUCUGAGAGGGAAGUACCCUGUGGAUACUGGCAGAGAAAUGAUAGUGGAUGUUGCUCCACUUUACAACUAUCGGCUGAAAAAGUUCCAGACCUACUGUGGCACUCCGAAGCGCUCCAUUCUUCUGAGCGGCAUCCAGGACUCCAUGGAGGAGGAAGAUCUGCAGGACCACCUGGAGAUUCACUUCCAGAAGCCCAGCAACUAUGGGGGAGAGGUAGAGAGCAUCAAAUACGUCUCCACAGGCAAUGAGGUGAAGGCCUUCUUCAGUGAAGACGUGGGUGUGGAGGCUUAAAUUCAACUGUGUCAAAUCUGCACAAGGCUGACAGGCAUAGACCAGAUAAUUAGAAGAAGAAUUUUCUCAUUUUUAAUCACUGCUGUUAUUCAAUAGGUUUCUUCAAGUUCAGUUUAAUUACUUAAAUUAUGCUGAUUUGUUAGUUCAUUAAACCAUACAUGGGGCAUGUCUGCAUUUUGCAUUCAGGAAGUGUGUGAAUGGUUCUUUUGGUUCUGUAGUACUGUUGUCAGUCAUGUUUGUAUUUGUACUAUAUUACACUUCAGCGUAGUUCUGUUUUUUUCUUGCUCAUCAGGGUAACCUAUAUUUUUCGGAAUUCUGACAUAUUAAGCAGUCGUUUGAUUUUAGCCAAAACCUUUGAAUUUGAAAUCAUAACCCAGUUCCCAGUGUAGUCUACAGUAUAUGGGUACAGAAAUCAUGGCAGUAAAACUGACAAAGCUGAUUCUAAAAAGGACAUUUUUAAGUGACUUUACAUGGACUUGCAUGUUGAUAUGAUAUAAUUAUGGUAUAUACUUCAUUAUGCUGCUGCAUGGGAUAUAUUGGUUUGUUUAUUGCUGUGUGAAUGCACUUGAUACAGGACACAAUGUAUGUGGAAAGUUAUAAACAUGUUGAAUGUAUAUUUCUCAGGAAAUAUCUCAUCAUAUGGAUUGUAAUAACUUGUAAUAAAUCCGCAUACUGUA